AUGCCAAGCCUGAAACCGGCACGGCUGCUCACCAGGUCGGCUCGUGACUAUCAUGUCGCUGUGGUGGGCAGUGGCCCAGCGGGCUUUUACACCUCCAAAUAUCUCUUCAAAAAGGCAGGCGACACUCUGAAGAUCGACAUGUUCGAACGCUUGCCGACGCCUUUUGGCCUGGUACGUUUCGGUGUGGCGCCGGACCAUCCGGAAGUGAAGAACGUGAUCAACGACUUCGGAGUCAUCGCACGGAUGCCGAGCUUCCGGUAUUUCGGAAACAUUGAAGUUGGCAGCCAGCCAUCACUGGAAGAUCUUCGGAAGCUCUACGAUGCGGUGGUCUUGUGCACUGGUGCCAGUGGAGAGCGGCUACUGGGAAUUGCGGGGGAAGAGUCCUUCGGUGUGGUCGGAGCACCGGCAUUUGUGAAGUGGUACAAUGGACAUCCAGACUACCAGGAUUUAAAGCUCCCAAGCACUGUGCAUGGUGAAUCUGCUGUCGUCCUGGGUCAAGGAAAUGUAGCAUUGGAUGUGGCUCGUUUGCUCGUACGACCACCCAGAGACCUGGAUGCCACAGACAUGGAACGAGCGGCCGUUAACACGAUCGCCUCCUGGCAGAAGUCGGGACUCCGGACCGUUCACAUCGUCGGCCGACGUGGAUUCGUCCAAGCGGCCUUUACCAACGCCGAGCUCAGGGAGUUGCUCACGUGUUCCGACGAGGUCUUGCCUGUGGUGGAUCCUGAGGAGCUGGCCCUGUGCCGCAACGAAGCCUCCGAAGAAGAGCUGUCCAAAAGUCGCAUGAAGAAGCGAUCUGUCGACAUCCUCGAUAAGACGAUGGCGGCGAACUUCGCGGAGAUGGGAAGCACCAGCAAGCGCAUCCUUCGGGUCCACUUCUUGAGAUCCCCACAGGAGGUCUUGUCCGAAGAUGGUGGCGUCCGCGGGAUUCGUCUGGGUCGGAUGAAGCUUCAAGGGGAGCCAGGGCGACAAGUGGCCGCUCCAACAGAAGAAGCUGCACUUGAGAUUUCUUGCGGCCUCGUGGUGCGAAGUGUGGGCUUCGAUAUCACACCUUUUAAUGGCUUGCCUUUGAAGUCGAACCGAGUCCCCCACACACAGGGCUGUGUCGAGACAUCUUCCGACGGCCUUGGUGGGCUUUAUGUCUCGGGUUGGCUAAAAAGAGGGCCACAAGGGAUCAUCGCGUCGAACAUCGGGGAUGCACAGGAGACGGCAGCACGACUCUGGAACGACCUGCAACAUCAAAGCGCAAAGCCUCCUCGGUCGUCUCCUGACAGCUUCGUGUCUUCUUUGCCGCGUCCUGUCAGCUUCGAAGAUUGGAAGAAGCUGGAAGCCGAAGAACAUCGUUCCGGUCACGAGAUGGGGAAAGCUGCGGCGAAGUUCACUCGUGGCUGCUGCGAAGGAGUGAUCUUCAAAGCGCAGACAGAGGGCUGCUGCCAGGGUCGCAUCUACACCAGAGCUGCACAGAGCUGCUGUGGUGGACGAAGCCUCUACGACAGCGAAACUCAUGGCUGCUGCCUGGAGAAUGGGGCACAGGUCUACCGCUAUGGAAGCUACAACUGCUGUCGCCGGCCCAAGGGCAUCUGCCGCAUUCGCCCAGGCAAAGCCACCUGCUGCAGCUGA